AACUGUCACAAUUCGCCGCGAGUCACCUGACUGCGGCACCGAGCUACUAGAACUGCGCUGUGGUUGUGUAGCGGGACUGAGUUUUUACUUUUCCGCCGGUGCUAGUCGUUUCUGUUUACCCGAUAAUGACCAGCCAAAGCCAGGGGGUCCAGCAGCUUCUCGCCGCUGAGAAGAAAGCCUCGGAGAGAGUCGCCGAAGCCCGAAAACGCAAGGCCAAGCGUCUAAAGCAGGCCAAGGAUGAAGCUGAGGUGGAGAUCAACAAGUUCAAGGCUGAAAAGGAACGCCAGUUCAAGGAGUACGAGGCCAGGCACAUGGGCUCCAAGGAGGACAUAGCGACCAAGAUCGAGGCCGAGACCCGCCAGAAGAUGAAUGAGAUGAACCAGCUGGUGGCACAGCACAAGAAGGCUGUCAUCGAGAAGCUGCUCAGCCUGGUCUACGACAUCGACCCGCAGGUGCACCGCAACUAUCGGCCUCCUGCCACCACCCAGUGAGCGGGCCCUAGUUGGACAGGCGAGCGUCUCCUUACAUUCCUGUUGUAUAUGUGUGUCCACCUUCAGCUCGACCUGCCUCUCCCCCACCCAGUCAGUCGUGUAUGCAGUAAAUAAAAACAUUUCUGUCACUGCC